UCGGAAAUUCUGAGAGGUCCAGUCAGUUGUUUAGAUUUGUGUGAUCUUUGUUUGCAACAUAUUUUUUUAAUUAUUUAUGGUGUUUAAUUAAGAAAUGGACUAAUGUAGUUAUAUUCAGCAUCGAGGUAGCAAUUCCCUAUUUGUUUCGACGUGUAAAGUGCGAAAAAUAGAUGUUAUAAGAGAAGAUGUCUCCGAGUCGAUGCGAUGGGUUACUUGCGAAGGUCGAUUUUCCUCUCUACACACUCCAAAACCUCACAAAUCGACACGUCCUCGUAGCCGGAGGUGGAGGAGCAUCGAACACGGGCGUAGCGAAUGGAUUCGAAAUAUUUGAACUAUCUCACAAUGGAACCAGAUUUGUUGCGGAAGAGGUUAUGCGGUAUGAAACAGGGCCUAAUGUAGUUAUGACAUGUUCAAUACAAAAUGUGCAGAACCGUAUAUAUUUAGCGGCAGGUCAGGAGAGCCAUUGUCAGUUAUAUAAAGUCAAUGUAAAGAUGGUUGAUGUUGCGGAGAUGCGGAGAGGGAGUUUUAGAGCGGAGAAUGGCUUAGUGCGCCGAAGGCGUACAGUGUCUGAGAAUGACAACAUAUCGAAAAUGGAAAAGGAAAAAAGAAAUCAUACGACAGAUAAGAGGAUGUCUUUUGAAAUACGGCCAUGUGAUAGUGUGCAAACAGAUUUUGCAUACGAUCCUCUGCAAAGGGUGGUAACAAUUAGUCAUGAUGGUAAGCUAAUGGCCACCGGUGGUAUUGAUGGCGUAGUCAGGAUGUGGUCGUUCCCUCAAAUGCAGCUCUUGUUCCAACUGUAUGGACACAUCAAAGAGCUGGACGACCUGGACUUUAGCCCGUGCGACCACGUGCUGGCCAGCAUCGCCAAGGACGGCAAGGCGUUGCUGUGGGGCACCAGCGAGCAAGCGCCGCCCGUGCUCAGCCUCACGUGCCAGCCGCCCAACGGCACCAAGUACCUGUUCCGACGCUGCAAGUUCGGCGAUAUAGAAGACUCGGAUGGUUUCCGCAUGUUCACGAUCGCGAACCCGCUUGCUCGCUCGGGCAAGCAGAAGGGGCUGUUGCAGCUGUGGGAGCCCCGCACCGGGCGGCUCGUGCGCUCCGUGCUCAGCGCGGAGUCGCUGUCCGCGCUCGCCGUGCGAGACGACGGCCGCUUCGUGGGCGUUGGCACCAUGUUCAGCGGAUCCGUCGACAUCUACAUCGCGUUCAGUUUGCAGCGCGUGCUGCACGUGUCGCGCGCGCACGGCAUGUUCGUGACGGGCCUGCAGUGGCUGGGCGCGCGAGGCGGCGCGGCGGGCCCGCGCGGGCGCAGCGAGGCCGCGCUGCUGUCCAUCUCCGUGGACAACCGGCUCGUCGUGCACACGCUGCCCUACCCCAGUACACUUCCCGCGUGGGUUGCCAUCCUACUCAUAAUAUUUGUAUUAUUCUGUACCUUUUGUUUAUGUUCAUUUCUUGGUAUAUAAUGAAUACAUUGUAUUUAUAUGCCGUAAUUUAAUUAUAUUAUUAUAAAUGUCUAUAAAUAUAUUUACUUGUAAGAAUGUCGGGGACGCUAUAGGUUUAAUAAAAUAAAGAAUUGGUGAACAUCAAGUUAGGAAAAUUGUUAUACUGUAUGUUUGUAUAAAUAGAAUCAAUUAAAUGAUGGAUUUGAAGGUGC